GCAUUGUGAUUGGUUAAGUUCAAAACCGCCAAAGACAGUUUGACCAGGAAUUUUGUUGUGUUCAAUGUUUCGGAACACAUGUAAAGAUGAUGGAAUCAUGUUUCAACAAUAAAUUGGGGAGAGAGGACGCAGUGGACAUAUUAGUGGAUGACCUGAAGAAAGACCUUUUCUCAGAGUUCAACUCGAUACCACUCAACCGACCAGACUCUCAGGACUCCUCAAUUGAAGAGAGGGAACACUUGCAGGUGUAUCUCCGCAUCCGACCUUUCACGACCACAGAAACUGAAAAUGGCGAGUCACAGGAUUGUGUUGGCAUUGAGGUCCCUGACACAGUACUACUCAAGGCUCCAAGGGCUUCACUGUCAGCCAGACUCAGUGAUAAAUCAGACACACAAACUGCUCAGCGCUUUCAGUUCUCACAGGUGUAUGGGCCAGAGACCACUCAGAGGGACAUGUUUGACGGCACUGUGAAGGGCCUGGUCAGAGACGUUCUGGAGGGGGGGAACUCUCUGGUCUUCACCUAUGGAGUCACCAACGCUGGCAAGACCUUCACAUUCUUAGGUCCAGACGCCAAUGUGGGUCUGCUGCCGAGGUCUCUCAACAUCAUCUUCAACAGCAUCGAGGAGCGCAUCUACCAUCACAUGAACAUCAAGCCCCAGCGCUGCCGAGAGUUCAUCAGACUCACCAAGGACCAAGAGAGCGAGGAGGCCACUAACAAGAGGAACCUCUUCAGGCUUCUCAAGGAGACUGAUGCCCACAAGAGCAUGGCUAACUCAACCUGCAAGACAAGCCUGGAAGGCUCCACCCUGCUGGACGCGGAGGGCACUGUGAUUAAUGACAACUUCAGUCUGGAUCUGGAUGCCGACACUAAGUUCUCUGUGUGGGUGUCCUUCUGUGAGAUCUACAAUGAGAACAUCCAUGACCUGCUGGAGGCUGCCCCCUCAGGGGCCCUGAAGAGGACCACGCUCAAGCUGUCCCAGGACAUCAAGGGAAACUCCUUUGUGAAGGACCUGCGGUGGGUCCAGGUGAACAGUGCAGAGGAGGCCUACAAGGUGAUGAAGCUGGGCAAGAGGAACCAGAGCUUCUCCAGCACCAAGCUCAACCACCUCUCCAGCAGGAGCCACAGCAUAUUCUCUAUCCGCGUCCUGAGAAUCAAAGACAUUGGAAUUCCACGUGUCUGUGCAGUAAGCGAGCUCUCGCUGUGUGACCUGGCUGGCUCUGAAAGAUGUGCCAAAACCCAGAACAAAGGUGAGCGUCUGAAGGAGGCGGGAAACAUCAACACCUCCAUGCUCAUCUUGGGGAAAUGCAUCAACGCGCUCCGACACAACCAGACGGCCAAACUGCUCCAACACGUUCCCUUCAGGGAGAGCAAGCUCACCCACUACCUGCAGGGCUUCUUCUGUGGCCGGGGCAAGGCCUGCAUGAUCGUCAACAUUAACCAGUGUGCCUCCACGUAUGAUGAGACCCUCAACGUGCUCAAGUUCUCAGCCGUGGCUCAAAAGGUGGUAGUCCUGACCACCAAGACCGUUCCCAUCUUGCCUAAGAUGUCGGCGCGGGAGGUUUCAUUCAUCAUCAACAACGCAAACAGGAAGGAGCUGUCGGCUUUCCGGAGGAGGAGCUCUCUGGUCGGCUGGGAGACCAGCCUGGAGGAUCUGCAGGAAAGCGAGGAUGAUGAGGAGGAGGAAGAAGAUGAAGAAGAGAGCAUGUUGGAAGAAACCAUUCACAAGGCAGACAGUGAUGAUGAAAAAAAUGAAAUUAUUGUCAACAAACUGACAUACAUGAGUCAGGUGGCGCUGUUGGAAGAGCUGCAGGAGCUAUUACGGCAGGAGAGGGCUGACAGUCAAGCUCUGGAGGGGCGCGUACGAGAAGAAGUCUCCAAAGAGUUCUCUGAGCUGUUCUCCCAGAUACAGUCAGACUGCAACGAGCGUCUGUUGAGAGAAAAGGAGAUCAUCGAGGAGAGAGCAGAGAGGAGGCUGGAGAUCCUGAAAAACCUGGUCACCAAGAACACCAACCAGAAAGACAUGACCACAGAGGACAUUUCUUUCUCCCUGGAUGGGAUGAUUGACUCCAUGUGCAGUGACCUGGCAGGAAUCAAGCAGGAUGCCCAUGCUGCCCACACCUGUCUUGGAGAGAGCAGAAAGCCCAGCACCCAGGCCCAGAGCUUUGGGAGUGUUGAGAGCCUGGCUGACCUGGAGAAGAGGGUGUCCGAGCUGUCUCAACAGCUACAGCAGGCCCAGGAGGUGCUCACAGCCAAAACCACUGAGCUGAGCGAUUACUGCAGUCAAGCACAGCAGGCAAACGAGCAACUCGAUCAGGCAAAAAAGGCUUUGGAGGCCCAGGAGCAGAAGUUCUCCGAGCUGAUGGAGAUGUGCCAUGAGAAGGAUGAGGCCCUCUCUAAGCUGCAGACCAUCUUGGACCUGCAAUUUGACGCUGCUGCCAAGGAUAAGGCUAUCCUGGACUCCAAGGCGGAGAUCUGUUGUGUGGAUAGCGUAUGCACCUGCUCCAGAAGGGAGAAGCCCAGCUCUCGCACCGACAGCCGCAAACGGCAGGUGGGGGGGCAGUCAAACAUGGAGGAACAGCCCCCUCUAAAGAAAGGAUCUUUUGGGGAGGAUGAGGAGGACAGACUGCAAGAUGAAAUGCAGGACUUCUUGGCCCCCCUUGCUGACAUGGACGUGGAGGGGUGUGGCAGGCUGGAGGAACGCCUGGGAGAGCUGGAGGAAAGAGGCCUGCGCGAGGAGCAGCACACUCAGGAGCUAACCAUGGAGCUACGGGAGGCUAAGCAGGGGAAGGAGGAGGCCCUUACUGCCCUCAUGGAAGCUACACAGGGGAAAGAGGAGGUCCUAACUGCCCUCAUGGAAGCUACGCAGGGGAAGGAGGAGACCCUAACUGCCCUCAUGGAGGCUACACAGGGGAAGGAGGAGGCCCUUUCUGCCCUCAUGGAGGCUAAGCAGGGGAGGGAGGAGGCCCUAACUGCCCUCAUGGAGGCUAAGCAGGGGAGGGAGGAGGCCCUAACUGCCCUCAUGGAGGCUACGCAGGGGAAGGAGGAGGCCCUGGCUGCAGUUACACUCGAGAAGGAGGAGGUUAUCAACCAGACUACCAGAGCGGAGCAAACCCUGAAUGACCUGCAGGCUGAACUGGAAAUAUACGACCACCAGCUCAGAGAGAAGAACGCUCUGAUUGAGACCUUGACCCUGGAAGUCAAACGGCUGGGGCAGGAAUCGGAGGGGGUUGAAGUCUCGCCAGGAAUACAGAAAGACGUUGUCAGAAAGGAGUUAAUGACAGUUCAGAAGGAGCUUUCAGAGGCCCAGGAGGAGAGGGAGAAGACACUCCUGCAGGUCCACACUCUGGAACAGGAACUAGGAGAGGCUAAAAACCAGCUUUCCCAACAACAGCUGUCUUCAGACCAGCAGAUAGAGAUACUACAACAGAAGCUAAACGAACAACAACUGACCUUGGAACAGCAGCUGGAAGAUCUUGAACAGAAGCUUGCCCAAAACAAGCUCAGCUCUGAACGCGAGAUAAAAGAGCUCAAAGAAAAGUUCAACCAACAAGUGCUAAACUCAGAACAGCAACUAAAGGAGUUCAAGCAGAAACUCGCGGAACAAGAGCUGAAUUCAGACCACCUGAAGGCACAGCUGGAGGAGGGUGCUGCUGCUGAGGUCUUAAAGGUCAACAGCUCUGCAGAGAAGGAGGACCUGAGCAGAUUCAACUCUAAUCUGGAGGCUGAGGUUUUGACCCUGAGGUUAAAGGUCACUGACCUGGAGGAGAAGCAGCUAGCUAAAAAGGAGGAGGAGGUGGAGAGAAGACUCGCUGAGAAGGAGGAGGAGGUGGAGAGGAGGCUAGCAGAGAGGCAGGCGCAGGUGACAGGACUGCAGAGGAGCCUGCGGGAGGCGCAGGAGCGCCGAGAGGAGGAGGAGAGCACGGCGGUGCAGGAGGCGAGGAGGAGGGAGGUGGAGAGACGGCGGGAGCUGCUGGCUGUGGCGGAGGAGGCCAUCGCUGAGAAGGAUGCCGAGCUGGAGAAGAAAGCCCAGGAGGUCUCCAGUCUGAAGGAGGCUGCCAAGCUGGACUCAGACAAGGUGAAGAGCAUCAGUUUAGACCUGCAGAGGAAGGAGGACGACACCUCUGACCUGAAGGAGAAACUGGCUGACUCCAAGAAACAGAUACUGCAAGUCCAAAAAGAGAUCUGCACCAUGCGUGACGAGGAGAAAUCCCUGCGCCAGAAGCUAUUCGAUUUGGAAAAAGCUAAGAAGCAGUUUCAGGCAGACCUGGCCAGCAGAGACAAGACCAUCCAGCACCUCCGGACAGACAGCCGGCCUGACGACAGCCUGGCGCUCUACCAGAAGGCCUGCAGAGACCUACAGGCUCGUGAGCGUGCAAUGGAGGACAUGCGUCUGGCGCUGGUGGAGCAGGAGGAGACCCAGGAGCAGCUGGAUCAGGUUCUGGAGGAGAGACAGGAUCAGAUCCAGGCCCUAGCUGACGAGGUUGGGAAACUGAGGAGCUUGUUGGGGAACAAGGAUGCUGGGAAAGUCAUGCCCUCCCUGAGAGAGAGCCGAUCAGAUGACUUGAAACUAGCCAAUCAGGAAGCAGCUCGGGCUCAAGAGAGUUUGAAGCUGAGCACAGAGAAGCACCAGGCUGACAGGAGAAAGUGGCUGGAGGAGAAGAUGUCUCUGAUUGGCCAGGCCAAGGAGGCAGAGGACAAAAGGAACCAGGAAAUGAGAAAGUUUGCUGAGGACAGAGAAAAAAACUCCAGGCAUCAACGUCAAAUGGAGGCCCUCUCUGCCACGCUGCAUGAGAAGGAGCAGGACAUGGAGAGGUGGAGGAUGGAGAGAGACACCCUCGUGGCCGCUCUGGAGGUCCAGUUGCAGAAGCUCCUCUCCAGCAACGCUGAAAAGGACAAACUCAUCGCCUCGCUCUCCUGCAGUACCUCAUCUCAACCACCAGAGGAUAUAUCGGGACAUGUUUCUGUACCUCUUUUGCUGAGUGGCUGUGGUUCUUUGGUUGGCUCACAGUCCCAGCUUGAUGAGCCUGUGGGCGAGGACGUGAAGCCCCACAGCGACGGCAGCCAACAGCUCCCCGCAGCCAGCUGCACCAGAACGUCUGUCAGCAGCAGCCAGGGGAACCCCUCGGUGCUCGACUCGUCCCAGAUCUCCACGGAGAACGGCCGGACGAGCCGCUUCCCCAAGCCCGAGCUGGAGAUCUCCUUCAGCCCGCUGCAGCCCAACCGCAUGGCGCUGCGCCGGCAAGGACAGGACGAGGUCACCGUCAAGAUCACCCGCUCGGCACGCAAGAGGAAGAGCACAGAGCCCGUCAAGAAAGGCAACAAGAUGGCUAAAUCUAAAAAGAAAGCACACACAGCUCAGGAUGAGGCAGAGAAUGAAAACCGGAGAAACACCAGAACCAGACUGACCCCUAAACUGGCCCCUCACCAGGAGGAGUGGGGAUCUCCAGCUGGCAGCAGUGGACACCAGUGCUCCAUGAGGCCCCAGGACUCCCAGUCCAGCCUUCGUAGCAGGAAGGAGGGAACCCUCCAGAAGAUAGGAGACUUCCUCCACAGCUCUCCCAACCUGUUCGGCAGCAAGGCUAAAAAGAUCAUGAAGCUCGUCAGCGGGCGGUCUCCUGACCCAGACGGGGGGUCGUCCUUCAGCGCCAGACCCAAGAAGCCCAAAAGGGCUUUGUACCACCCCGAGAUCUCAUCCCCCAUGGACCUGCCCUCCCACCCGAUCAUCAACAGAGACCCAGAGGAGAAGGAGAGCGACCACCUGAUAAUCAAGAGAAGACUCCGCUCUAGGACCGGCAAAUGAAGACCACAUCUCAUCCCUCUUCUUCCUCUGCACUCUCCUCUGUCUACGUUCCCCUUUCCUCUACACCUUUCCUUCUGCUCCUGUCUCCAUUUCACCCUCUUUCUUCCUCCCGCUGGUCCUCUCUGCAGUGUCUGACAAGAAGGGGAGGAGUCAGCUGGUGGGACUCAGUGGGAUAAAGUGUUUCUGUUGAUGAGUGUUAUUGAGGCGGAUUAGCCCUGCAUAUCGUACUGUAUGUUUGAUUUAUCGUACUACUUAACUCGCACUAAUCUCCAAACGUAUUUUGUUCUAGCUCAGAAAGAUUUACAUAUCUGAAAUCACAUGCACUUUUCUUCUUUCUUGCAUUCAGUAGUUUAUAUCAUUUAUAUAUUAUUUUAUUCUUAUUUAAUGGUGCACAUACAAAGUAUCUCUUUAGGGACACUAAUUUGUUUGUAAUUUGAUUUACUAGACUGGCUAUAUUCAAUUCUAGGUUAUAGAGAAACUUUAUAAGAGACUGUUUGAAUUAUCAAAAGACCAUUCCAUUCCAUUUAUUUUGUAGUCUUAUGAUUAACGUCCAUUCGGUGAUUAGAAUGUGUUAAUUUCUUAAAUAUACCCUAAAGUCUUUUUGUAAGAGUUUUGUCUUAUAGUUCCUCAUUUUGUCAUUUGUAACACUGCUAAUGCACAUACAUACCAAGAUGGUUAAAUAAACAGCCUAUGUAG